UGAAGUAACACCUUUAGAUUUGAAUUUAUAUUUUCUCGCUGAAUUCUUAUGAUUUGUUGUAUGUACGAUCAUAUAAACUUCAAUCACAGGCUAGGCCUAGGACAAUAAUCAUACUCGAUUACCCGCAAUGACACCAAGACAUAACUGCGGUUGCGAAGCAACAAAUGACGCCCUCCCAAAACUCGUCGCGUUCUUCCGCAGCCACGGCCACGAAGCACAGUCCUACAGCAACGAGACACCUAUCCCCGAGGGCCUCGGUCUAGAAUCGGCGUGCUGGAAAUGCCAGCUGAACACAGAGACGGGCGUGGAGACAGCCAUCACAGCUCUACACUGCGGACCGGAUAUAUUGAUCACCCACGAUGUCGUCGAGGUGCUAUUCCUCUCUCUGAUCCGUCUAAGACUUCAAGAAGGCGACGACGACAGCAGCGCGUCAGGCGAAAGUGAAGAAUCAGACGCCCAAGACGAAGUAGCUAGUCUCGCCUGGGACUGGGACAACAUCUGGCACGAGUUUGCCAAAGCCUUCGAACUCCGCCGCAAUAGUAUCGACGUAGCCAAGCUCCUGCACAAUCUCUCCGAGCUGGAAUCGCCGAGACACCAGAAGUGGUGGGUCUCUGUGUUAAGGGGCCUUGGGGCGGAGGCCCUGCUGACGUAUGAAGACUACAUAUCCUCCAGAUUAACCAAAAACCCUGGGGCGAGCGUGCUGUCGGUGAUGAGGAGGGAUGCUAAGAUCGUUCAGUCGGUUGAUGAUCUGUUCGAUCUCUACGUGGCUAUCGAUACUAAGGUACACGGGUAUGUACACGCGCAUAAAAUGUUGCGGGUUAAAUGCCUCUGUUGCCGUUAAUGGUGAGAUAGUAGCCACCGACUGAGUGUCGGAAUAAGUCGGUAUAUUAUUAUUAAUGGCCGUGGGGUAUUGAGACUUUCCCCCUGAGGGGAGUGUUGUUUGGGACUUGAGGCAAUUCUCGUGUGUUCAGUAGUAACAUGAUAGCCAACAAUGAAGAAUAGAUAUAUACAUUUAUAUCCAUUUUUUUUGAGCGAGAGUUAUUUAAAGCUGACAUUGAACAGAUG